AUGACUGCACUCUGUCACGUGUAUUGUCCACUGCAGCACUUCCGCGAGUUCACCGCGUUAUUCAUCAUUUUGUCCCGCCUCCCAUCCCGUCUGCGCCCAUCAGCGGCGGCCCUGCUGAACGUCAAGUCGGCCUUGGGGCUCACCAACACCUCGUGGGCCACCACACCAAUCCCUGCCGUGUCGACGGCGUUCUCCAAAAAGUGGCGAGGGAAAGCUCAUUUCUUUCUCGUAUCUCCCCUCGUUCCUUUUCCUCACUGCCCCUUCUCAGCGGCGGCCCUGCUCAACAUGGCCAUGGGACUCACAUACGCCACGUGGGCCACCACCAAUGUGUUCUCUGUCUCGUCCGCCUCCGCUUUCCCCUGCCUGCCCUCCCCCAUCCGCCCAUCAGCGACCGCCCUGCUGAACACCAAGGCGGCCAUGGGGCUCAAAUACACCACGUGGGUCGCCGCCACCACGUGGGCUCACCAACACCACGUGGGCCACCACCAAUCCCUGCCGUGUCGACGGCGUUUCUCCAAACAGUGGCGCCGAAGAAAAGCUCAUCAUUCUUUCUCGUAUCUCUCCUCCCUUCCUUUUCCUCACUCCCCAUCUUCAGCGACCGCCAUGCUGAACAUCAAGUCGACUAUGGGGCUCACAUACACCACGUGGGUCGCCACCAACCCCUGCACUCUUAACGGCGCCACUUCAGCCGCUGGCGAGUGGGACCGCGUGACCUGCACUGCUGACGGCCUUGCCUACUCGAUAAACCUGGACUCCGCAGGACUCCAGCGCAAGAGCUUCCCCGCAGACAUCUCCAAGCUCACGGGGCUUGGCGCGGUGUAA